CUACCCACUGUAGAUUCAGUAGAUUUAGGCUCUUAGCUCAACGGCGACAGAAACCAAAUUCAAAAUUGCUGCAAUCUGCUUUUAUUAAAACAAAGAAAGAAAAAAGAGGGGACAGAAGACAAGCUAAUGUUAGCUACCGAGCUAGCUAUCAUAGCUUCCUUGGUAUACGGCGAAAUGUUGAGAUUUGCGUAAUUUUGUUUAAAUAUUGUCCUCGCAAGAAUGUCAGCAGCAGCUUUGGUCAUUUUUAAAUAAAUAACUAAGUAUUACAACAUGACAAACGAAGGCUUUCCUGCUAAAACGGAUCAUUGUAAAGAGAAUGGCCACAGACUGGGUGGGUAGUGUUGUGUCCAUAGACUGUGGAGCAACGUUGGGAGUUUAUCAGGGUGAGGUUUCAUCUGUUGAUCGAGUCAGCCAAACAAUCUCCCUGAAACAUCCUUAUCACAAUGGAGUCAAGUGUCCUGUUCCUGAGGUCACAUUCAGUGCUAUGGAUAUCAAGGACUUGAAGUUUCUGGAUAUCCAGAACAAAGUCAACAAGACCAGUGCUGGGAAAGACACUGCAACAGAACCCAGCUACAUAUCAACAGGACGCCAUGGCCAGACUAACAAAACAAAUCACUCUCUUGCAAUAAGCAACAGCUCUGGUUUGAGCAGCAACCCCCGAAAAGGUUCAUCAAACAGCAGAGGGACGACACAGUCCACACCCAGGAGAAGCAAUGUGAGGAAUGGAGGGGCUGGAGGGCAGAGAUCAAAGAAUGAUGAAUGCUUUGGUGAUGGGACUGAUGAGAAUCUGGACACUGACUUUGAUUUUGAGGGAAACCUGGCUCUGUUCGACAAGGCUGCUGUUUUUUCCCAGAUUGAUGGGGCCAGUAGCAACAGCAACAAGUUACAACAUCACAAUACACAGGCUGAGCAGAAGACCCAGUCCUAUCGCCAUGAUGAGAAUAUUCUGGAGGUGAAACCGGUCACAUACAGACAGAUAACUGUGCCCCAGCAUGGGGGCAAGGAAUACUGUACGGACACAGGUCUGGUGGUUCCCACCGUGCCCUAUGAGCUUCAUAAACAACUCCUAGCAGCUGCAGAGCGCUGGGGUCUUUCUCUUGAGCGCAGGCUAGAAGCAGUCGGUGUUUGUUCCAGUCAGAUGGCUCUCACAUUGCUAGGUGGACCGAACAGGCUCACACCAAAAAAUGUCCACCAGAGACCCACCGUAGUCCUUCUGUGUGGUCCCCAUGUUCAGGGAGCCCAAGGCAUCAGCUGUGGUAGGCACUUAGCCAACCAUGAAGUGGAGGUGAUCUUGUUCCUGCCUAAUUUUGUCAAAAUGCAAGAGUCGGUCACCAGUGAGGUCAACCUCUUCAGCAAGACAAGCGGAAAGCAGGUCUCCAGCGUCAAAGACUUGCCCAUGAGCCCAGUCGAUCUCGUCAUCAACUGCUUGGACUGCCAUGAGAAUCCACUGCUGAAAGAGCAGUCCUGGUACCAAUCUGUUGCUGACUGGGCCAACAAGAACCGUGCUCCAGUCCUAAGUAUUGAUCCCCCAGUCAGUGAGCAGCCUCAGAGUGUGGAUGCAAAGUGGACCCUCUCUUUAGGACUUCCACUGCCUUUAGCAGACAAAGACAGCAGAGUCUACCUCUGUGAUAUUGGCCUCCCUAAGAUGGUUUACCAAGAAGUUGGAAUCAACUACCACUCACCUUUUGGAUGCAAAUUCGUCAUCCCUCUGCACUCAGUAUAACAGAGUCUAUACUUAUUGGUGCUUGGAGUGAAUGGGUCAUUUGAGUGUGCAGACAAGCAACAACAUGCCCCAAGAAAAACUGUGUUGCAAUGUGUAUGACACUUAUUGAUACUUUUGGAAGCAUCAUUGGAAAGAAUAAACUGUGUGUUACGCUGUGUGUGACACCUUGUUUUGGAAGGGGAGAGGUUUCCUGUUCUUUGUGCGUUCUGAUAAGGGCUCUGUGGUGAUGUGAAUAUGUUUACAAAAUGCUGACCACUGUGAGUAUCUUUGACCUCUGACCUUGUGACCAGUCAAAGUAGCAAAUACACAGUUCCUAUUUCCUUCUUUAAAUUACAUGUGGAGUCAGAUCAUGACUCCCGGACCUGGAGUGGCGCUCAACCUAAAGCUGACUGCCAGUCAAAACUGCCAUUCAUCUUUCAAAGUUUAGGUCUGUGCCCAUUGUAUUUCCAUAUGUUGUAUUGUUUUUUUUGUUUUUUUUACUGAAAAGGGUGCUCUUUGUCAUAUAAAUUGUGUAGCAUGUUCGAUUGAAAAUGUGAUAUUAUACAGAAUCUAUAUUUUUAUUUUUUUUGAACACAUCUCAGGAAUAACUUCUUAAAAAGGUG